AGUUGCCACAAAGGAUUUGGUGCCCGCAUUUGAUGAAUUGGUGACAAGUGUAGUGUUGCACGAUGAUAUCGUCCCACGAGCCAGUAAUCGUACGGCCUUUGUGCUGAUCGAGGAAUUGUUGAAGUUCAGAGAGGAUUGGAAGCCAAUGUGGGAACAAGACAUAGCCGCACACCAGCGCCGUGUUAAAGAAGUCUGGGCUCCGAAAACGAGGGCUGGUGCCGCUAUCAGG